UAUGAAUACUUCAAUGCCGUGCUAAUAAAUGAAAGGGACAAAGACGGGAAUUUUUUGGAGCUGGGGAAGGAAUUCAUCUUAGCCCCAAAUGACCAUUUUAAUAAUCUGCCUGUGAACAUCAGUCUGAGUGAUGUCCAAGUGCCAACGAACAUGUACAACAAAGAUCCAGCAAUUGUCAAUGGAGUUUACUGGUCCGAAUCCCUAAACAAAGUUUUUGUAGAUAACUUUGAUCGUGACCCAAGUCUCAUAUGGCAGUACUUUGGAAGUGCAAAGGGCUUUUUUAGGCAGUAUCCAGGGAUUAAAUGGGAACCAGAUGAGAAUGGAGUCAUUGCAUUUGACUGCAGGAACCGAAAAUGGUACAUCCAGGCAGCGACUUCUCCAAAAGAUGUGGUCAUUUUAGUGGAUGUCAGUGGCAGCAUGAAAGGGCUCCGUAUGACGAUUGCAAAGCAAACAGUCUCGUCUAUUUUGGAUACGCUGGGGGAUGACGACUUCUUCAACAUAAUUGCUUAUAAUGAGGAGCUUCACUACGUGGAACCUUGCCUGAAUGGAACGUUGGUGCAAGCCGACAGGACAAACAAAGAGCACUUCAGGGAGCAUCUGGACAAACUUUUUGCCAAAGGAAUUGGAAUGCUGGAUAUAGCUCUGAAUGAAGCCUUCAACAUUCUCAGUGAUUUCAACCACACUGGACAAGGCAGCAUCUGCAGCCAGGCCAUCAUGCUCGUCACCGAUGGGGCAGUGGACACCUAUGACACUAUCUUUGCCAAGUACAACUGGCCAGAUCGAAAGGUUCGCAUCUUCACGUACCUCAUUGGACGAGAGGCUGCUUUUGCAGACAAUCUCAAGUGGAUGGCCUGUGCCAACAAAGGAUUUUUCACCCAGAUCUCCACCUUGGCUGACGUGCAGGAAAAUGUCAUGGAAUACCUCCACGUACUCAGCCGGCCCAAAGUCAUCGACCAGGAACACGACGUGGUGUGGACCGAAGCGUACAUUGACAGCACUCUCCCUCAGGCACAAAAGCUUGCCGAUGAUCAGGGCCCUGUCCUGAUGACCACGGUCGCCAUGCCUGUGUUUAGUAAGCAGAAUGAAACUAGAUCGAAAGGCAUUCUUCUCGGUGUGGUCGGCACAGAUGUCCCAGUGAAAGAACUUCUGAAGACCAUCCCCAAAUACAAGUUAGGGAUUCAUGGCUAUGCCUUUGCAAUCACAAAUAAUGGAUAUAUCCUGACGCAUCCAGAACUCAGACCACUGUACGAAGAAGGAAAAAAGCGGAGGAAACCCAACUACAGUAGUGUUGACCUGUCUGAGGUGGAGUGGGAGGACCGUGAUGAUGUGUUAAGAAAUGCCAUGGUGAAUAGAAAGACCGGGAAGUUUUCCAUGGAGGUGAAGAAGACAGUGGACAAAGGGAAACGGGUUUUGGUGAUGACAAAUGACUACUAUUAUACAGACAUCAAGGGUACUCCUUUCAGUUUAGGUGUGGCGCUCUCCAGAGGCCAUGGGAAAUAUUUCUUCCGAGGGAAUGUAACUAUUGAAGAAGGCCUGCAUGACUUAGAACACCCUGAUGUGUCCUUGGCAGAUGAAUGGUCCUACUGCAACACUGACCUACACCCAGAGCACCGUCAUCUGUCUCAGCUAGAAGCUAUUAAACUCUACCUCAAAGGCAAAGAACCUCUGCUCCAAUGUGAUAAAGAAUUGAUACAGGAAGUCCUUUUUGAUGCUGUGGUGAGUGCUCCCAUUGAAGCCUAUUGGACCAGCCUUGCCCUCAACAAAUCUGAGAAUUCAGACAAGGGUGUGGAGGUAGCCUUCCUUGGCACUCGCACAGGCCUCUCGAGAAUCAACCUGUUUGUUGGGGCAGAGCAGCUCACCAAUCAGGACUUCCUGAAAGCAGGAGACAAGGAGAACAUCUUUAAUGCAGACCAUUUCCCUCUCUGGUACCGAAGAGCUGCCGAGCAGAUCCCAGGGAGCUUCGUCUAUUCGAUCCCAUUCAGCACAG